AUGUUUUCGUGUAGAACAUGCAAAAAAUGGCUACCUGCGGUCGAACUAUCUAAAGUGUUUAAAACAUGUAACGGUACGUCCUUAUUAAAAUAUAAUAUACACACAACGGGAAAACAUUUUUCUUUAUAUAAACUAUUAUAAUAGUCAAUGGCGUAUGUUGUAGUUUAUUUAGGCCAGACAAGUAUAACAUAGUAUUGAAAUGGUUUUGAUGUAUUGUAUUUCAUAUAACUGCAGUAAAAAAAGAAAACUUAAACAUUUUUAACUAAAUAAUAUAUUCGUGUAAGUAAUUUACUACACAAUAUGACAGACCAUUAUCAAUUUACGUACUACUUAAGAACUAACGUAAAAUCCAUCAAAAGAAUAGUGAUGUGGAUUAAUUUCGUUAUAAACCAAAAUAUUAAUACCUAUCAACGAUCAGGAUUUCUUAAUAUUAUACUGGAAUAAAUAGAUAAAAAAAAACAUACUUUGUGUAGUGUCUAGUUUAAAAGUAAUGAAACUUCAAUUUAAAUAUAAGUAGUUAUAUCUUAUUUGAUAGCUAGAUAAAACUAAAAAAACGUCAACGAGAAGAUAUAUAUCCCUCUCUGCGAUUCUCCCUCUUAAGUAUUCCAUCUAUAAUAUAAGUACACCAACAUAUGACAAAACUAUUACUAUUAUCUAUUUCAGAUUGCUGUCCAUACACGAAAAAGUUGAAUGACGCCAUAGAAAAAAAUGAAAUAAGUGACGCAACAUUUUGCUGCGAAAAAUGUGAAAAAUGGUGUAGUGACAAACAGAAGUCGAAUGUAUAUGGAUCAUGUAUUGGUAAGUUAUAACUUUAAUAUAUGAUAACAUAGAAACAUCGAGAAAACAUGAUCCAUCGUAUAAAGUGAUAUAUUAUUAAGUGGCUUCAUACAUUAAAUAAAAACAUAAACAUUAAUGCAUCAAUGCACCGCAAUCUAUUCUAUUUCAGACUGCUGCCCGCAUACGGAAAAAACGUAUGAGAUCGCCACAAAAAAUCUGAUAAAUACUGCAACAUUCUGUUGCAAAGCAUGUCAAAAAUGGUGCGUUGAGGCACAAAACUCGAAUGUUAAUGGAACAUGCACGGGUAAGUUAAUUUCUAUUAAUAUUAAUAAUAUAGGGUCUUCGGACAAUCCUUUUCCUUUACACAAUGAUUUAUUAUAUUCAGUGGCGUAUUUUGAAGUCACUUUUCGGGUAUCCGAUAUGAUUUAAUAUUGAAAUAUUAUCGUUGUGAUGUAUUUAUUAUAUUUGGUACAAAAAAUCAGAAAUUUGUGCAUUUUAAAUUUUNACAUAAUGUUUUAUUAUAUUCAGUGGCGUAUUUUGAAGUCGCUUUUCUUGUAACCGGUAUGAUUUAAUAUUUAAAUACUAUCGCUGUGAUGUAUUUAGUAUAUUUGGUACAAAAAAACAGAAAUUUGUGCAUUUUAAAUAUUAUUAUAUAUUUUUGAGGAGUUAGUUCAUUAAUUUUACAACUACACGCAUUUUUUUCUAUUUCAGAUUGCUGCCCACCCUCAUUAAAAUUUGACGGUAAUGCACAGGAUAAUCAGACAUUAUCUACAUUAAAAAAGGACUCGAGCUCUAAUAAGGCGUAAGUAUCUAAUUUAAACUUUCGUACGCGCAAACACGCCUAACUGAUUUAACAUCACGUCUAUACAAUUUCAGAAAGGGUAUGUUUUCGUGUAGAGCAUGCAAAAACUGGCUACCUGCGGUCGAACAAUCAAAAGUGUUUAAAAUCUGCAAGGGUACGUCCUUUUUUAAACAUAGUAUACACACAAACCGGAAAAAUUAUAUCUUUAUAAAAAUUAUUAAAAAUAUUCCAUGGCGUAUUUUGAAGUUUAUUUAGGCUAGACAAGUACAAUACAGUGUAGAAAUAGUUAUGCUGUAUUGUAUUUCAUAUAAUUGCUGUAAAAAAAUAAAAAUUAAUCAUUUUUGGAUAGAAACAUAAUCUUGUAAGUAAUUUAUUAAACAAUAUGACCAAACAUUAUUAAUUUUCGUACUACUUAAUAACUAACGUAAAACCCAUUAAAAGAACAGUGAUUUGGAUUAGUUUCGUUUUAAACAAUACAUUUUAUGUCUAUCUAUAAUUAAUGAAACAUAAAUUUAAAUAUAAGUAGUUAUAUCUUAUUUGAUAGCUAGGUAAAACUAAAAAAACGUCAACGAGAAGAUAUAUUUCCCUCUCUGCGAUGCUUCCUCUUAAGUAUUCCAUCUAUAAUAUAAGUACACCAACAUAUGACAAAACUAUUACUAUUAUCUAUUUCAGAUUGCUGUCCAUACACGAAAAAGUUGAAUGACGCCAUAGAAAAAAAUGAAAUAAGUGACGCAACAUUUUGCUGCGAAAAAUGUGAAAAAUGGUGUAGUGACAAACAGAAGUCGAAUGUAUAUGGAUCAUGUAUUGGUAAGUUAUAACUAUAAUAUUUGAUAACAUAGAAACAUCGAGAUAACAUAAUCCUUCGUAUUAAGUGUUUUAUUAUUAAGUGGCGUCAUAGGUUAAGUAUACAGUAGAUAGUCUACUGAAUAAUGACAUUGGAACACCCAUAAAUUGUAAAAUUUGGAUUCAAAUAAUUUAGGUUUUUUUCAAGGUAUAUUAUCGAAAAUCGUUUUAAUAUUUAAAAAAUAUAAAUAUCAAAUCAGAAUUAUAUAUAUAUAUAUAUAUAUAUAUAUAUAGAUGUAUUUUUUNGUAUGUCAAAAAUGGUGUAUCGAGGCACAAAACUCGAAUGUUAAUGGAACAUGCACGGGUAAGUUAUUUUCUAUUGUAAUUAAUAAUAUAAGGUUUUCGGGCAAUCCUUUUCCUUUACAUAUGGAUUUAUUAUAUUCAGUGGCGUAUUUUGAAGUCGCUUUUCGGGCAACCGGAAUGAUUUAAUAUUGAAAUAUUAUCGCUGUGAUGUAUUUAGUAUAUUUGGUACAAAAAAUCGGAAAUUUGUGCAUUUUAAAUUUUAUUAUAUAUUUUUGAAGAGUUUAUUCAUUAAUUUUACAACUACACGCAAUUUUUUCUAUUUCAGAUUGCUGCCCACCCUCAUUAAAAUUGGACGGUAACGCACAGGAUAAUCAGACAUUAUCUACAUCAAUAAAGGACUCAAGCUCUAAUAAGACGUAAGUAUCUAAUUUAAACUUUGUAUGAGCAAACACGCCUAACUGAUUAAACAUCACGUCUUUACAAUUUCAGAAAGGGUAUGUUUUCGUGUAGAUCAUGCAAAAACUGGCUACCUGCGAUCGAACAAUCAAAAGUGUUUAAAAUCUGCAAGGGUACGUCCUUAUAAUAACAUAGCACACACAUAUUGUUUAUUAAACAAUAUGACCAAACAUUAUUAAUUUUCGUACUACUUAAUAACUAACGUAAAACCCAUUAAAAGAACAGUGAUUUGGGUUAGUUUCGUUAUAAACCGAAAUACUUAUACCUAUCAACGAUCAGAAUUUCUUAAUAUUAUACUAAAAUAAAUAGAUAAAAAAAAAACAUACAUUGUGUAGUGUCUGGUUUAAAAGUAAUGAAACUUAAAUAUAAAUAUAAGUAGUUAUAUCUUAUUUGAUAGCUAGAUAAAACUAAAAAAACGUCAAGGAGAAGAUAUAUUUCCCUCUCUGCGAUUCUCCCUCUUAAGUAUUCCAUCUAUAAUAUAUGUACACCAACAUAUGACAAAACUAUUACUAUUAUAUAUCUCAGAUUGCUGUCCUUACACGAAAAAGUUGAAUGACGCCAUAGAAAAAAAUGAAAUAAGUGACGCAACAUUUUGCUGCGAAAAAUGUGAAAAAUGGUGUAGUGACAAACAGAAGUCGAAUGUAUAUGGAUCAUGUAUUGGUAAGUUAUAACUAUAAUAUAUGAUAACAUAGAAACAUCGAGACAACAUAAUCCUUCGUAUUAAGUGUUAUAUUAUUAAGUGGCGUCAUAGGUUAAGUAUACAGUAGAUAGUCUACUGAAUAGUAAAAUUGGAACACCCAUAAAUUGUAAAAUUUGGAUUCAAAUAAUUUAGUUUUUUUUCAAGGUAUAUUAUCGAAAAUUGUUUUUAUAUUUAAAAAAUAUAAAUAUCAAAUCAGAAUUAUAUACAUAUAUAUAUAUAUAUGUAUCUUUUAUAUUGAUUCUAUAUCAUAUAGGUUAAGUAAUUUUAAUUAUAAGAAAUUUCCUUUUGGUUUUUUUUUCUUAAAAAUUUUUAUCUGGAACUUUUAUUUCAUAGAUUUUAUAUAUUAAAUCAUUAGAUCAUUAAUGAUUCAUCAGUUUGUAAGAUAUUAUUUACGCAACCAAUCUGAAGCCUUAUUUAUGUGACCAAUUUAAUUGACUCAUAUAAAGUGUCAUUUAAUAAAAGUAAAAAAUUGGUGAUUUUAACUGCGACCUAGGAUAGAUAGGUCAUCCGUAUUUAGAAAAGGUAUGAUAGGCUUUAGUAUGUGUGUGGAAUUAUCGUUGAUAACAAUUAAGAAAAGUGUUACUGAUAAAGAUAAUUCCCUAAUGCACAAUGUUCGUUUUGAAACACAUCGGAGAUGUAGUUUGCUGAUUCGACUUUAAAAUUACGUAUAAGUAACAGAUUUUGGAUAAAUUUGGGCAGGUUACUUUAGCAGACUUUUUUGUGUGAUAUGUUAUUUAUUGUAAACCUCCAGGUACUGUCGUAGAUCUUAGCAAUGUCAAAACUGAUUAUACCUAAACUUUGUUUAAUGUGCAUAGCCGUGAUAAUUUUAUAUAUAAUGCUUAAAAGGUAGUUUAAUGUGCAUCCGUUAUAUCAAAAGAGAUAUUGUUCGGGAAUGAUAUAAUUUAUUUUUUCAAGAAACCGAAUAAGUCGUGGCUAAAUUAAUUCCAGUAACUAACUUAAGGUAUUAGGGCGAGUGAUGGGACGACCGAUUUUUACAAGAUAUUUGUUUUUAUUGAUUUUACAGAUAAAAAUAUUGUACUUGUGUGUCCAGUAAUUAAGGAACAUGGUAUUAUUUCAUAUAGUGUUAAAUACGUCGAGUAGAAAAUUUAUAAAGUUUGGGUACAGGUUUUUAUUGUUGGAAUUUAGGAUUCCACCGGGACCAGGAUUUUGAUGAAUCUUAGGGCCAAUUCAAAUUCUUCAAAAGUAAUUUUUUGAGCUUAUUUAAGUUGAAAUUAUCAUUGUGACCACUAAGAUCGGUCGAUUGUUGUAAAGAUGGCAAUUAUCAAAUAGCCAUCUUUAAAAUUCAUAAUCAUGGUUGGAAUAUGCGUAAUUUUUUUUAAAAGAUUUCUUUAAAGAAAGAGUUGACCAUUUCUGUGAGGUUAUAAUACAAGUACGAAAUUAAAAAGCAGUUGUAAAUUACAGUAAAAAAAUUAUUUUCAUUAAAACUAAGGGUUAUAUUAUUCAGUAGCAUAUUUUGAUAUCGCUUUAGGAGAGACUGGUAUUAUUUAUGAUUAAUAUAUUAUCACUGUAAAUUUUACAGGAUUUUUGGUACAAAAAAAAAAAAUUUGUAAAUUUUAAAUUUUAUUAUAUAUUUUUGAGGAGUUUAUUCAUUAACUUUACAACUACACGCAAUUUUUUCUAUUUCAGAUUGCUGCCCACCCUCAUUAAAAUUGGACGGUAACGCACAGGAUAAUCAGACAUUAUCUACAUUAAAAAAGGACUCGAGCUCUAAUAAGGCGUAAGUAUCUAAUUUAAACUUUCGUAUGCGCAAACACGCCUAACUGAUUUAACAUCACGUCUAUACAAUUUCAGAAAGGGUAUGUUUUCGUGUAGAGCAUGCAAAAACUGGCUACCUGCGAUCGAACAAUCAAAAGUGUUUAAAAUCUGCAAGGGUACGUCCUUUUUUAAACAUAGUAUACACACAAACCGGAAAAAUUAUAUCUUUACAAAAAUUAUUAAAAAUAUUCCAUGGCGUAUUUUGAAGUUUAUUUAGGCUAGACAAGUACAAUACAGUGUAGAAAUAGUUAUGCUGUAUUGUAUUUCAUAUAAUUGCUGUAAAAAAAUAAAAAUUAAUCAUUUUUGGAUAGAAACAUAAUCUUGUAAGUAAUUUAUUAAACAAUAUGACCAAACAUUAUUAAUUUUCGUACUACUUAAUAACUAACGUAAAACCCAUUAAAAGAACAGUGAUUUGGAUUAGUUUCGUUUUAAACAAUACAUUUUAUGUCUAUCUAUAAUUAAUGAAACAUAAAUUUAAAUAUAAGUAGUUAUAUCUUAUUUGAUAGCUAGGUAAAACUAAAAAAACGUCAACGAGAAGAUAUAUAUCCCUCUCUGCGAUUUUCCCUCUUAAUUGUUCCACAUAUAAUAUAAGUACACCAAUAUAUGACAUAACUAUUACUAUUAUAUAUCUCAGAUUGCUGUCCUUACACGAAAAAGUUGAAUGACGCCAUAGAAAAAAAUGAAAUAAGUGACGCAACAUUUUGCUGCGAAAAAUGUGAAAAAUGGUGUAGUGACAAACAGAAGUCGAAUGUAUAUGGAUCAUGUAUUGGUAAGUUAUAACUUUAAUAUAUGAUAACAUAGAAACAUCGAAAAAACAUGAUCCAUCGUAUAAAGUGAUAUAUUAUUAAGUAGCGUCAUAGAUUAAAAACAAACAUAAACAUCAAUGCAUCAAUGAACCGCAAUCUAUUCUAUUUCAGACUGCUGCCCGCAUACGGAAAAAACGUAUGAGAUCGCCACAAAAAAUCAGAUAAAUACUGCAACAUUCUGUUGCAAAGUAUGUCAAAAAUGGUGCGUCGAGGCACAAAACUCGAAUGUUAANUUGAUAUAUUAUCACUGUAAAUUGUACAGGAUUUUUGGUACAAAAAAACAAAAAUUUGUGCAUUUUAAAUUUUAUUAUAUAUUUUUGAGGAGUUUAUUCAUUAACUUUACAACUACACGCAAUUUUUUCUAUUUCAGAUUGCUGCCCACCCUCAUUAAAAUUGGACGGUAACGCACAAGAUAAUCAGACAUUAUCUACAUCAAUAAAGGACUCAGGCUCCAAUAAGGCGUAUGUAUCUAAUUUAAACUUUCGUAUGCGCAAACACGCCUAACUGAUUUAACAUCACGUCUAUACAAUUUCAGGAAGGGUAUGUUUUCGUGUAGAGCAUGCAAAAACUGGCUACCUGCGGUCGAACAAUCAAAAGUGUUUAAAAUCUGCAAGGGUACGUCCUUAUAAAAACAUACUAUACACAUAUUGUUUAUUAAACAAUAUGACCAAACAUUAUUAAUUUUCGUACUACUUAAUAACUAACGUAAAACCCAUUAAAAGAACAGUGAUUUGGAUUAGUUUCGUUUUAAACAAUACAUUUUAUGUCUAUCUAUAAUUAAUGAAACAUAAAUUUAAAUAUAAGUAGUUAUAUCUUAUUUGAUAGCUAGGUAAAACUAAAAAAACGUCAACGAGAAGAUAUAUUUCCCUCUCUGCGAUGCUUCCUCUUAAGUAUUCCAUCUAUAAUAUAAGUACACCAACAUAUGACAAAACUAUUACUAUUAUCUAUUUCAGAUUGCUGUCCUUACACGAAAAAGUUGAAUGACGCCAUAGAAAAAAAUGAAAUAAGUGACGCAACAUUUUGCUGCGAAAAAUGUGAAAAAUGGUGUAGUGACAAACAGAAGUCGAAUGUAUAUGGAUCAUGUAUUGGUAAGUUAUAACUAUAAUAUUUGAUAACAUAGAAACAUCGAGAUAACAUAAUCCUUCGUAUUAAGUGUUUUAUUAUUAAGUGGCGUCAUAGGUUAAGUAUACAGUAGAUAGUCUACUGAAUAAUGACAUUGGAACACCCAUAAAUUGUAAAAUUUGGAUUCAAAUAAUUUAGGUUUUUUUCAAGGUAUAUUAUCGAAAAUCGUUUUAAUAUUUAAAAAAUAUAAAUAUCAAAUCAGAAUUAUAUAUAUAUAUAUAUAUAUAUAUAUAUAGAUGUAUUUUUUUUCCUGAUUUUAUAUCACAUAGUUUAAGUAAUUUUAAUUAUGUGAAAUUGCCUUUUGGUUUUUUUUUUCUUAAACAUUUUUAUCUGGAACUUUUAUUUCAUAGAUUUUAUAUAUUAAAUCAUUAGAUCAUUAAUGAUUCAUCAGUUUGUAAGAUAUUUUUUACGGAGCUAUUCCAAUACAUGUAAAGUAAUAAAUCCUCAUUUUUUGCUUAAAAAAUGUUUUGGGCAUAAAAUCAUAUUUUAUUAUUAUGAGUGGUAAUGACAAUGAUUCACAAAUGUUACCUCGGUAGAUUUAUGAAAACGUUGAUGAUUUUUUUACCAUAUAGUUGUGUAAAUUAGUUAUCAUCAAGCAUGGAAUUCAACUACAAAAAAUCGAGGUUUGUAGAUUUAUAUAAAAUAUUUAUAUUAUUGAAAUGUUCAUAAAAUUCUAUAAAUAAAUAUAAAACAAUGUUAAUAUAUCCUUUACAUAUAAUUAAAAUUAUUAUAAAUAUAAAAAAAUAAAAGUUUACCGGACUUAUAAUAAAAUCAAAAAACUAACAAUACGAAAUGAUUUGAAUGCUAAGUAAGCUUAUUGUGUAUACAUUUUUUUUAAUUUAAACUUAUGUUUGUUGAUUUAAAUAAUGUAAUGUAUUACUUUUUGAUUAUUUCUAUAUUUUAGUUAAAACUAAUUCAAUUAACUUUUCUAAUUUUAACUUUUCUCAGUAUUUUGAAACAUUGUUUGUAAUUUUGUCAUGUUUAUCUGAUUGUACUCGCACGAACACUCACCUCUAGCAGAGCCUUUGGCUUUGGAGGUAAUCCAACAAUAAUUUAUUCCUUUGUAUUCCUACUUCUUGUAAAUAUUGAUGUUGAAGAAUUAAUAAAUAAGAAUUAUUCUUAUUAUCUCAAUUCAAAAGUCAAAAGUAUCAUUUAAGUACAUUAGUGUACUAUUUUUUAUAAAAUUAUUGGUAGUUUUUACUAUGAAAUAAUACAAAUAAUCGUAUAAUCAGUAAUUCUUUAUCGGGCAACGAAAAAAAUAUUUAAAUUAGGUAGGUAUCAAAGUACAAAGUUAAUGGUUAAAUGCAUAUACAAUGAAUAUACUGUGACAAAAACUGAGGCCUUGGUAGUCUGGUGGCUCGGGGGCCAUGAUCUUUUCUGGACCUCUCGCCAAUAAUUCGGGAUUGUCUCUAUUCCCUUGUAUGGACCUUAAUUUGUUGAGUACUUGACAUGGUUUUACAUACAUACGGUUCGGAGUUUAUUUUGGACACAACAUAAAACGUAAGAACGAUAGUCACUAUCUGAUUUCAACAUUCAAUUCAACUUUAAAAAAGAUAUGGACAUUCUUCGCACAACGAGUGUUCCACUGUUGUAGGUGAGAAGUUGGAAAGGUAUAGGGGAAAUUUAAUGAACCUUUAUUUGUACGCAACGAUUGGCCAUUGCUGAAGAAAAACAAUUCUCAGCGGAGAAAAAAAAAGAACCUCAUGUUAAAUUUUCUAGCAUUUAUGUUUGGACUAACAAUUUUACCCACAGAAUACCCACCGAACAAAAAUUACGUUAACUUUUUAAUUGGCAACCAUCAAAAUAAUAAAUUUAACCCCAUCAAUAGAAAAUGUCUAAAUAUAGCUCAAAAAUGGCUACAAUAUUUUAAAAAUCAGAAAAUAACCUCCCUAAUGAACCACCUCAGCCAUUUCCUUUCAAAAAAAAAUUCUAUAAUUAUAAAUCAUAGCUAAAUUGUUGGUAAAAAAAGUUUACAAAUAGGUUUUUUUUUUUGUGGACAUUUUUUCUAUCAGAAUAAUUGCUCCAAUUUUUACGUCUAGCAACUUUUCUAAAAAGAAAACUGUGUGGGGAAGUACCUUUAAAGAGACCAUUUUUCGUUUUUUUCAAGAGUUUUCACAUCAAAUACGAAAAACCGAAAAAAAACAAAUUGAGGAGAAACGGGAAAAUGUACUAAUGUACUGAAUAUAUUUGUAGAAUAUUACGAUAUUAUUUUUUUCUGUGGACAUUUAUACCAGCAAUUUUGCUUCAACUUUCAAAAAUAGUAAUUUUUUUAAAGAAAAUUUUGACUAGGGAUAUACUUUAAAGAUUUCUUUUUCCGAUUUUCUCCGGAGUUUCUUAGUAAAUGUGAAAAACUGAGAAAAAACCUAGGAAAACGUAGAAAAACCUGGGAAAUCGGUACAACAUUAAAAAAAUAUUAUUAAAGAAAAUAUGUAGAGCCUAAUUAAUUAUUUUACUAUAAUAUGACAUAUACGUUGUUGACAAAGCAUCAACAGAACUCAUCUCAGAAUAGUUUUUUCGUAGGCAAUGAUUUAUUGUUGAUUAAAAGUAUAUAUUAAAUUACCUAUAAACAGCGGCUGCACCCGCCCCAAUUUCCUAGGACGUUAUUUUUUCUUAUUUAUUGGAAAAAACUUCUGAGAAAAUAAAAAUAUCACCCUUAAAAUAUUACCAUAUGCAGAUUUUCGUUCAAAAAAAAGGCUCUACUUGAAAAUUGGAGGAAGACUUCUAGCAGAGAAGUUGUUAACAGAGAAAAAUAAACAUAAUUGUAAAAGCAAUAGGUAUAUUCCUCACUUCGUUUAGAAUUUAAAAUAGGUAGGUAGUGUUUUAAGAAAUUCAUUUUUUGAUAUUUUUAUUUACUGUUAUAUAAUAAUAUUCUUUAUUUUUAUUUUUACACAGUUCUAACAUUUUUUGAAAAAUCAAUUAUAAUUUAGUUUUUUGUAUAUUUUCAAAAAAUGCGAGAGUUUUAACAAACACUUUCAAAUACAGAAACGUACCUACAUUUUUUGAAAAUUCAUUUUUUUUUAUAUUUUUCAUUUUAACUGAUUUGCGGAUCCAUUGUCUAGAAGACAUGUUAACAUUUUAAGGGAAAACGGUAUAGUUUAAAAUUCGGAAGACCUCUAGGAAUUUUUCCACAGUUAAAAUAACAUAAUUGAAGGAUAACUAUUUAAUUUUGUUAGAAAAUUAUAAAAAUGGAUUUACAAUAGGGAUCCCAAACGUCCCGUAUUAUACUUGUUAUCCCAUAUUUGAGACAAGCGUCACGGUAUCCCGACCAAAUGUUCUAAAAACUUUUAUCCCAUAUUUCGAAUCCCCCUUUCCGUGUGUCCCGUAUACUGACAAUGGGACUGGAUCGGAAGGCUCGUAUUGAUAGUCACAUUCCUGUGUUAUGAAAAUUUUCGAGUUUGUUAACGUGAAUGUAUUUAGCCGAGGAGAAUAAGGCUAACCAAUAGUCUAGUUUGGACAACAUAAGUGGUUUGUAAAUUUUUUUAAGUACAGAAGACCGAGCUCCUAAAAUGGUGUGAGAUAAAGUUACAAUAAUAUAAAGUCUGUUAUGACAAAAUUGUUCUAGAUGAAGAAUGUAAGGUAGCCUUUGGCAUCAAAUGAUAUUCUGAGAACCAUAGUAUUUAUGUUAUUUUUGAUUACAUAAUUAUCGAUGUUAAAAAAAAUUGUACUAAAAUAUUUCGUUUAAUUACUAAAAAUGAUAAGUUUGAUAAUUUUAGCAAAAAAUCUGAAGCCUGAUUUAUGUGACCAAUUUAUAUAACUAAUUUUUAGUGUCUUUUAAAAAAGUUAAACAAUUGGUGAUUGUAACUGCGACAUAGGAUAGAUAGGUCAUCCGUAUUUAGAAAAGGUAUGAUAGGCUUUGGUAUGUUUGGAAAUAUCGUUGAUAACAAUUAGGAAUAGUGUUACUGAUAAAGAUAAUUCCUUCAUGCACAAUGUUCGUUUUGAAACACAUCGGAGAUGUAGUUUGCUGAUUCGACUUUAAAAUUACGUAUAAGUAACUGAUUUUGGAUAUAAUACAAGUACGAAAUUAAAAAGCAGUUGUAAAUUACAGUAAAAAAAUUAUUUUCNUACUUAAUAACUAACGUAAAACCCAUUAAAAGAACAGUGAUUUGGGUUAGUUUCGUUAUAAACCGAAAUACUUAUACCUAUCAACGAUCAGAAUUUCUUAAUAUUAUACUAAAAUAAAUAGAUAAAAAAAAAACAUACAUUGUGUAGUGUCUGGUUUAAAAGUAAUGAAACUUACAUUUAAAUAUAAGUAGUUAUAUUCUAUUUGAUAGCUAGAUAAAACUAAAAAAACGUCAACGAGAAGAUAUAUAUCCCUCUCUGCGAUUUUCCCUCUUAAUUGUUCCACAUAUAAUAUAAGUACACCAAUAUAUGACAUAACUAUUACUAUUAUAUAUCUCAGAUUGCUGUCCUUACACGAAAAAGUUGAAUGACGCCAUAGAAAAAAAUGAAAUAAGUGANAGUGACAAACAGAAGUCGAAUGUAUAUGGAUCAUGUAUUGGUAAGUUAUAACUUUAAUAUAUGAUAACAUACAAACAUCGAGAAAACAUGAUCCAUCGUACAAAGUGAUAUAUUAUUAAGUGGCGUCAUAGAUUAAAUACAAACAUAAACAUCAAUGCAUCAAUGCACCACAAUCUAUUCUAUUUCAGACUGCUGCCCGCAUACGGAAAAAACGUAUGAGAUCGCCACAAAAAAUCAGAUAAAUACUGCAACAUUCUGUUGCAAAGUAUGUCAAAAAUGGUGUAUCGAGGCACAAAACUCGAAUGUUAAUGGAACAUGCACGGGUAAGUUAUUUUCUAUUGUAAUUAAUAAUAUAAGGUUUUCGGGCAAUCCUUUUCCUUUACAUAUGGAUUUAUUAUAUUCAGUGGCGUAUUUUGAAGUCGCUUUUCGGGCAACCGGAAUGAUUUAAUAUUGAAAUAUUAUCGCUGUGAUGUAUUUAGUAUAUUUGGUACAAAAAAUCGGAAAUUUGUGCAUUUUAAAUUUUAUUAUAUAUUUUUGAGGAGUUUAUUCAUUAACUUUACAACUACACGCAAUUUUUUCUAUUUCAGAUUGCUGCCCACCCUCAUUAAAAUUGGACGGUAACGCACAAGAUAAUCAGACAUUAUCUACAUCAAUAAAGGACUCAGGCUCCAAUAAGGCGUAUGUAUCUAAUUUAAACUUUCGUAUGCGCAAACACGCCUAACUGAUUUAACAUCACGUCUAUACAAUUUCAGGAAGGGUAUGUUUUCGUGUAGAGCAUGCAAAAACUGGCUACCUGCGGUCGAACAAUCAAAAGUGUUUAAAAUCUGNACUACACGCAAUUUUUUCUAUUUCAGAUUGCUGCCCACCCUCAUUAAAAUUGGACGGUAACGCACAGGAUAAUCAGACAUUAUCUACAUCAAUAAAGGACUCAAGCUCUAAUAAGACGUAAGUAUCUAAUUUAAACUUUGUAUGAGCAAACACGCCUAACUGAUUAAACAUCACGUCUUUACAAUUUCAGAAAGGGUAUGUUUUCGUGUAGAGCAUGCAAAAACUGGCUACCUGCGAUCGAACAAUCAAAAGUGUUUAAAAUCUGCAAGGGUACGUCCUUUUUUAAACAUAUUAUACACACAAACCGGAAAAAUUNUUUAUUUAGGCUAGACAAGUACAACACAGUGUAGAAAUAGUUUUGCUGCAUUGUAUUUCAUAUAAUUGUAGUAAAAAAAUAAAAAUUAAAUAUUUUUAGAAAGAAACAUAAUCUUGUAAGAAAUUUAUUAAACAAUAUGACCAAACAUUAUUAAUUUUCGUACUACUUAAUAACUAACGUAAAACCCAUUAAAAGAACAGUGAUUUGGAUUAGUUUCGUUUUAAACAAUACAUUUUAUGUCUAUCUAUAAUUAAUGAAACAUAAAUUUAAAUAUAAGUAGUUAUAUCUUAUUUGAUAGCUAGGUAAAACUAAAAAAACGUCAACGAGAAGAUAUAUUUCCCUCUCUGCGAUGCUCCCUCUUAAGUAUUCCAUCUAUAAUAUAAGUACACCAACAUAUGACAAAACUAUUACUAUUAUCUAUUUCAGAUUGCUGUCCUUACACGAAAAAGUUGAAUGACGCCAUAGAAAAAAAUGAAAUAAGUGACGCAACAUUUUGCUGCGAAAAAUGUGAAAAAUGGUGUAGUGACAAACAGAAGUCGAAUGUAUAUGGAUCAUGUAUUGGUAAGUUAUAACUAUAAUAUUUGAUAACAUAGAAACAUCGAGAUAACAUAAUCCUUCGUAUUAAGUGUUUUAUUAUUAAGUGGCGUCAUAGGUUAAGUAUACAGUAGAUAGUCUACUGAAUAAUGACAUUGGAACACCCAUAAAUUGUAAAAUUUGGAUNGUACUACUUAAUAACUAACGUAAAACCCAUUAAAAGAACAGUGAUUUGGAUUAGUUUCGUUUUAAACAAUACAUUUUAUGUCUAUCUAUAAUUAAUGAAACAUAAAUUUAAAUAUAAGUAGUUAUAUCUUAUUUGAUAGCUAGAUAAAACUAAAAAAACGUCAAGGAGAAGAUAUAUUUCCCUCUCUGCGAUUCUCCCUCUUAAGUAUUCCAUCUAUAAUAUAAGUACACCAACAUAUGACAAAACUAUUACUAUUAUCUAUUUCAGAUUGCUGUCCUUACACGAAAAAGUUGAAUGACGCCAUAGAAAAAAAUGAAAUAAGUGACGCAACAUUUUGCUGCGAAAAAUGUGAAAAAUGGUGUAGUGACAAACAGAAGUCGAAUGUAUUUGGAUCAUGUAUUGGUAAGUUAUAACUUUAAUGUAUGAUAACAAAGAAACAUCGAGAAAACAUGAUCCAUCGUAUAAAGUGAUUUAUUAUUAAGUGGCGUCAUUGAUUAAAUACAAACAUAAACAUCAAUGCAUCAAUACACCGCAAUCUAUUCUAUUUCAGACUGUUGCCCACAUACGGAAAAAAAGCAUGAGAUCACCCCAAAAAAUCAGAUAAAUACUGCAACAUUCUGUUGCAAAGUAUGUCAAAAAUGGUGCAUCGAGGCACAAAACUCGAAUGUUAAAGGAACAUGCACGGGUAAUUUAUUUUCUAUUAUAAUUAAUAAUAUAGGGUCUUCGGACAAUCCUUUUCCUUUACAUAAUGUUUUAUUAUAUUCAGUGGCGUAUUUUGAAGUCACUUUUCGCGUAACCGGUAUGAUUUUAUAUUGAAAUAUUAUCCCCGUGAUGCAUUUAGUAUAAUUGGUACAAAAAAACAAAAAUUGUGCAUUUUAAAUUUUAUUAUUUAUUUUUGAGGAAUUUAGGAUUUAAUUUUUAAAAAAACAUUAUCUAUAUAUUUUAUAACAACUAACAAUAAUUUUUAUAUCAGAUUGCUCUCCCAUUACAAAAAAAUUGAACGAUUUCGUUCAGAAAAAUCAGAUAAGUAUGGCAGCAGUUUCCCUGAAUACAAGGAGAAAGUGGGGCACCGACGCACAGAGAUCUUAUAUUUACAAGACAUGCGCCAGUAAGUUAUAAUUAUAAUAUUAUAUUUUAAAGUCAUCGGUAAAACCAUUUUUCCCAAUAUUAAGUGAUAAAAUAUAUUGUGGUGUAAUUUGUAGUUAAUUUCAGAGUGACGGGUAUUUUUGCAUAUGGAAAUAGUAUUGCCGUAUUUUAUUUCGUAUAUUUGCGAUAAAAAAAAAGAAAAAUUUUGCAUUUUUAAUUUAUUAAUUUUUUUUUUUUGUAGAUUUUGUGAAUUGUAUAAAAGUAUAAUUCAAUUAUAUGACACACAUUAUCCAUAAAUUUAACUACAACCGACAUUAAUUUCUAUUUCAGGUAACAUCCCCGAUAAGUUUCAAUCGGAUCAGGCUGUACUCGGUUCAUAUGGAGCCCACACUUCGAGACGUUUGAAGAGGGUGUUUGCAUGA